AUGUCUCGUCCGUCGUCGGCGAUGGCGGAGGAGCAGGCCGGCGGGCAAGCGGGAGGGGAGAGGCGAGCCAGGCAGAAACCCAUGUUCACCGUCCCGAUCAUUACGGUCGUCCUGCUCAUCGUCGCGCCGUGCGCGCUCUUCCUGUUCACGUCCGACGUUGCGCUCCCACGCAUCCGCAUCGAGUACGUCCGCCGCGACGUUCCGGCCGCCAGUGCGCCCGCGAACCUAAAAGCGCCGCCACCGUCGCCUGAUCAGGCCGCCGUGGCUGUUUCCAGCCUCGCGCCGCCACCGUCGCCCGAGGCCGUUCCCAGCGAGGAGCAGCGUCGGGAGGAGCAGCAGCCGCCACUCCCCCCGCCGGUGCGGCAGCUGACCGAUCGCCCGUACUCGCUGGGCCCGGCCGUGCCGGACUACGACGCCCGCAGAGCGGCGUGGCUGGCGGCGCACCCGGGGUUCCCGGCCUACGUGGCGCCGGGUCGGCCGCGCGUGCUGGUGGUGACCGGGUCGUCGCCGCGGCGGUGCAGCGACCCGGAGGGCGACCACGUGCUCCUCCGCGCGUUCAAGAACAAGGCGGACUACUGCCGCGUGCACGGCUUCGAGGUCUUCUACAGCAACGCGGUGCUGGACGCGGAGAUGUCGGGGUUCUGGACGAAGCUGCCGCUGCUGCGCGCGCUGAUGGUGGCGCACCCGGAGACGGAGCUCCUCUGGUGGGUGGACUCCGACGUGGUGUUCACGGACAUGCUGUUCGAGCCGCCGUGGGGCAAGUACGCGCGGCACAACCUGGUGAUCCACGGCUGGGACGAGGCGGUGUACGGCGCCAGGAACUGGAUGGGCACCAACGCCGGCAGCUUCGUCAUCCGCAACUGCCGGUGGUCGCUCGACCUCCUCGACGCCUGGGCACAAAUGGGGCCGCGCGGCCCGGUGCGCGACAAGUACGGCAAGAUCUUCGCGGAGGCGCUGUCGAACCGGGCGGCGUACGAGGCGGACGACCAGUCGGCGCUGGUGUACCUGCUGGCGACGCAGAGAGACAAGUGGGCGGACAAGGUGUUCCUGGAGAGCUCCUACCUGCUGCACGGCUACUGGAAGGCCAUCGUCGACAGGUACGAGGAGAUGAGGAGCAAGUGGCGGCCGGGGCUCGGCGACGACCGCUGGCCGCUCGUCACGCACUUCGUCGGCUGCAAGCCGUGCGGGGAGCAAGGUGCGAGCUACGAGGCCUCAAGGUGCCGGCAAGGCAUGGAGCGCGCGCUCAACUUCGCCGACGACCAGAUACUCAAGCUCUACGGGUUUCAGCACGAGUCGCUCAACACCACGGCCGUGCGCCGUGUCAGGAACGACACCGGACGGCCGAUGGACGCGGACGACGAUGAGAUCGGCCGGCUUCUGCACCCGACAUUCAGGGCCGCCAAGCCAUAGUGAUCUAUCAAGUCGUUCCUUCCAUUGGUUUGGAUGUCAACAUGGAACAUGUAAUGUUUUACAGAUACAAAUUUCUCUAUGUAUAAGUAGGCAGGUACCAACUGU